UCAUCAGUUUAGCUCUAAAGAGUUUAUCAACGAGCAGUUAACUGCUGCUGAAGAAACAUUCACAGAGUUUAAAGAAAUCAUCGUCAAGUCGGAGGAAGAGAUGGAUGAUCAGCGCAGACUGCUUGAUUUUUCCCGGACUCCCCAGAUAAUCUUACACCGGAUAGAUUGCCUGCAGUGCAACGUUCAUCACCAGGAGAGGAGAUCCACUCUGGACCAGGAGGAGUUAGAACCUCUGAAGGGAAAACAAGACCAGGAAGAGACUGAAGAUCAUCAGAUAAAAGAAGAGCAGGGGAAUCUAAAACACCAGCAGAUAAAAGAAGAGCAAGAGGAUCUAAAACACCAGCAGAUAAAAGAAGAGCAGGUGGAUCUAAAACACCAGCAGAUAAAAGAGGAGGAUAUAAAACAUCAGCAGAUAAAAGUGGAAGAGAAAGAAGUUUACUGCAGUCAGGGUGAAGAACAGAUUGAAUUAAAACAGGAGACUGAUACCUGCAUGGUGUUUCCUGCUGAUGAGCAAACUUGCCAAACUGAAUCAGAACCAAACGGGAACCAAGUCAUCUUCCAGGAACGUGCUGAAGCUGAGAACCAAAAUAAGGAAAGAAGCAAACGUUUCUCAUGUGUCAUCUGUAAAAAAGUUUUCUCUGGCAAAUAUGCUCUCAAUAGUCAUAUUAGGACUCAUACUGGUGAAAAGCCGUUUUCAUGUGUGAACUGUGGAAAAAGUUUUAGUCAAAAACAGAAUUUAACUAAGCACAUGAUGAUUCACACUGUGGAUUCCUGGAUUUUCGACAAAUUUGUGAUGGACUUGGCUGAACUGGCGAACACUCAGACUGUUGGUGUGGACAGAGACGAGGACUCUAAAACUCGGUAA